AUGUCAGACCCAACCCAAGCACCAUCCUCCUCCACGCCCUCGGCCGAGCCCGUCGUAAGCGCAGGCUACGUGUCUUCCUUCCCAGCUCCCGGUCUACGCCAAAUCCUUCGACACAUCACAGGGCACAACGAAGACGGGAAAUCUAUCUUCCUGUCCUCCGAUAAUGGCAGUCAUACGCGUGUGAUGGGCGAGCGACAAGCGGUGGCGAAUAUCAUUUAUUCGACACAGGAGACACCCGUGGAACUCAAUGGGAAUGUUGAUAUUGAGAAGGCUGCUGCUGAAGAGCCACCACUUCACUACCACAACGGAUCCAUAGUCCGCAUAAUUGAUUUCGCGCCCGACGUCGAAUCCCCCCUCCACCGCGCCGUCUCCAUCGACUACGGUAUCGUGGUCGAAGGCACCUUCGAACUCAUCCUCGAUUCGGGCGAGAAGAAGGUUAUGCGACAGGGAGAUGUCAGUGUGCAGCGCGCAACAGCGCACAAGUGGAAGAAUAUCUCUGGAGGGGGCACGGAGCCGGGGAGAAUGAUGUGGAUUCUUCUGGAUUGCAAGGAUGUUUUCGUCAAGGGGGUUAAGAUGGAGGGGUUCUUGGGGGAUCUGGAAAAGGAGUAUGUCGGUAGGGGGGCUAGUAAGUAG